AGCUCAUGCAUUUGAAUAUAAUUGAUUUUUUAUUUAUCAACGACUAAGUAUAAAUACAAACAAGCCUACCAUUCAUCAUCACGAUAUAUAAAUUGCAUUAUUUGAUUGAUAAUCUCUCAAUUCAAUUCCAUACACAAAGCGAUUCUUAACAAAGAAAUUAAGAACUAGAGAAGGUAUGAAUAAUGGGAACGUGUACAACUCGUAUGGAACUUCAUGGGCAGACCAAUGGGACAAUGGUCCUGAUCCUGUUAUGGUUGGUUCCAAAAACAAGAACAGCACAACAAAAUAUAAAGAAAAGGUUGGGGAAGGUUUAGGGAAAACCAAAGUAGUUGCUUCCAGUGGCGUGAAGAAGUUAAAAGAUGGUACCUCUGUUGGUCUCAACUGGAUCAAGACCAAGUAUUCUAAAGUCACCAAUAAACAUUAGGCUACUCUGAAAUUUUGAAAUAUAACUUGUUUGUGUACAUGUAUUCUUUUGAAUUCAUUUAUUCUUCGUGUGUAUUGCUUCUAUAACUGUAGUUUAGACGCUUUUUGUGUUUACCUUUUUUGUACAUCCAUCUUUCAGUCUAAAAUAUCAUGUUUUGUGGACUGGUUUGGCA